AUGACGAGGUACAGGUUGGUCAUUUUGUCUGCUGGGUUCACUGGUUUGCUCAGUUUCGGCUUCCUCGCCGUGGCUUUCGAAACCGACUACUGGUACAUCAUCGAUGUGGCUAAACCCAACGACACGGGCGCGGAUGACCUGAGCUCCCACUCCGGACUGUGGCGCAUAUAUGAAGGGGAAAACAGCACUUCUCUCAUCCCCUCAUUCGCGGCGGAUUCCUCCAACUUUUCAGAGGUACAAAGGCACCUUCUCGGUUUACACAGGGUGGUGAUCAUCUUGCUGCCCCUCAGCCUGGUGUUGCUGGUGUUUGGCUGGAUCUUUGGUCUCGUCAGCUCUUUAGCCCGCAGUCCAAACUUGCUGGCUGGCUCAGCAUCUUACUUUCUUUUCUGCAGCCUGUUCACUCUCUCUGGGGUGAGCAUCUACAUCAAUUAUUCCCAGCAUGCCAUGGAGGAGUUCCAGCGGGUGGUGUCCCCAGAAGACCUGGCCUACGUGGAUGUUUCAUUUGGCUGGUCCUUGGCCAUGGCCUGGCUCUCCUACAGCCUGGAGGUGGUCACCGGCCUGCUCUUGUUGCUAGCUGCCUGGAUCAUCCAGCAGAAGAGAAAACAGGACUCCGGGGUAACCAUGGCUGUUGUUUAG